AUGACGCCUCAUUCGAGAAGAAAUUCGAUCACGUCAGUGUCGACUGCAAACACUUAUUCAUCACAGCAAAUGCCUCAUCUCAAUAAGUCGCUAUCACGAGAUAUGUCCACUGACAAUUUAAUAUCAGUUGAUAGUAAAUUCAUUAAGAAACCGACAAAGAGAGUAGCUGGUUCAAUGUCACCCAAGAUUGCUGUCAAUGAAUCAUUUUCCAAGAGCAACAGUAUCACCAGUGCCACGAGCUACACUAGUUAUGUAAGUCACAACAACUACACCAGCAAUGCUAGUAAUGUUAACCCCAAUUACCAUCAAAACAACAGCCCCAACAACCCCAACAAUAUUGCACCUAACAAUGGUUGUAGAAACACGGGAGCACCACCCGGCUCAUUUUAUACUAAAGAGGGCGUAUACUAUUUCCCUAAUGGUGAAGUGUUUCGACCCAGAACCGCACCAACCAAGAGAAACAGACCAGGGAAAAUAAUUGUUGACACUUCUUUUGCAAGAAAAAACAACAACACUCAUAAUCACGGUCAGAGUCAAGGAUACCACGCCAGCCCAAACCAUUACUCACCUUCUAUGGGGCUGCAUAUGAACCAAUCACGUUUUCCUAAUGAAUCGCCAUCUUCAUCACCAGCCAUUGCUGCACCUCCACCACUUCGAUCAGCUGGUUCUUAUACAUCCCUUCCGAAAUCAAAUUCACUACAAAAUGUUCGAUUAGCAAACAAACAAAAUUUGUCAAAAACUAUCAGAGAUAAUAAAGGAGAUAUUCAUACUAACAUAACUAUUGACAAUGGUAGUGGCAAGAUGCCUUACGAAUCAUACAAGAAUAAUAGUACUUCAAGUUUGAAAAAUUUGCAGAAACUUCAUUCGCAAAAUAUUACCAGAUCAGAACAACAUCACUCAUCAAAUGCAUCUUCCUCAAUAUCUUCAUCUAGUUCAAACAUGUCAAAUGUUUUUCACAACCAUCAUAAUAACAACUCAGCUGCUAACUUGGAGAGAUCUGAUAGUAAUACACCAUCUACUUCGAUUAGCGAUGACCAUACACUUCACAAGUAUCAUCAACUACAGAAUCUACAUUCUCAACAAUUGCAUGACUCAGAUGAGGCUGAUAUGGCUUCAACCAGAAACACCAGAGGGGAAGAUUUUCAUGGGCAUCCUAGUGAGUCCAAGCUACAGGACCAUAAACGAGAAACCUCGUCGUCACCACACCAACAGCGGCAUCAAGAGGAGAUGCAAUUGCCGACAAGAAGUUAUCCUUCAAAAGAACAACACGACCCACAUUCAAAUGCCAAUAAUGAAACCAAUAGAGAAAGUAGUGGCUCUAGUGACCAAAGACUAAGUAUGGACUCCGUAUCCGAUGAUAGCGGUAAUCGCCGAGACGAUGCUACUGACGAUACUGUUCUUAGUACCUUAAAUGCAACUAGUGAAGAUACUUUUAAAACAGCAACGGCUGUAUCUACUUUGCGCUCAAAUAGUGCUGGACACUCAUUGAGCUCUAUUGGAGAUAAUUUAAACCGCCAUGCUAUGCAUGAAUUUGGGAACACAUCGCAUCAAGAUGGAUUGGCUAAGGGAUACGCGAACGAGCCUUUGAGACAUUCUUCGUCAUCUGUUUCAGAAGUGAGUAUGGAUGAAGACAAGGACAGCUUGAAUGAAACACCAAUAUUGUCAGAGCCAAUUAGUUUGCAACAAGAUAAACUAAAUUGUGAUAAAGAUGUCACCAAAGCAUAUGAAGCACCGGAAAAGCCGAUACUUGCGAAUAUUUCUGACAUGUCAUUUAAUUCCACUCAAGAAGAUUUGUCUCGUUCUAAUGGAGCAAGUCCUGUGAUGGAGCAGAGCGAGCAGACUCGGCCACUUUUCUUUGGAACUGGAGACAAAUCGCCAGAAGGUACCUCGACAAUUACUGUUCCAAUUAACUGUUCUAUAUUGGAAAGCAGAAUUGAAGAUGUGCCUGAUUUGAAACCCCCACGUCAAAUUCCCACCCUCAAAAAGACAUCGAGUGGCGAUUCUCCUAGUGAUGAAAGCGGCUUGCCAGAACCAAGUAUUGAUAAUGAUUCAUUUGUUGACCUGUACAUGAAUGAUGCAUCACCAGAGCUGUACAAAUUGAAUGAUUUAAUUGAAACCCAUAAGGAAGAGAGUCCAUUGAGGUAUAAUCGUGAGAAUAAGGGAGAAGGGAACAUCACAAAUCAAACUAUAAGUGUUCCCGAAAGUGCUGAUAAAUUGAAUCAACAAGUUUUAUCACCUUCUUAUUCAUUUUCAUCAGUUCCAUCAGCUGAUUUUGAAAUCACUUCGAAACCAUUUAAAGGAUUGGUUAAUGAUGUACAAGAUGAAGUUCCACCUAGAGGAGAUGUUCAAAUUGUUGAUCGAAAAAUUAGAAAGCAUCAUCGUCAUGCUUCAUCUACUUCGUCGGCAGAAUUUAUCAACCAGCUCAAACAAGAGGCAUCACAGCCUGUCAUUGAGGAAAUAAACACGGUGGGAGAUCCAGUAACUCCAAAAGCUGGCGAAGGUGUAAAAGAUGAAAUUGAAACGCCUCCGCAUGAUGCUAUACCUCCACCACCAAUUGAGAAAUCACCAGGAAUGAAAGUUAAAGGAAAGCCAAAGAAACAUAAACACCACCACCACCAUCAUCAUCAUCAUCAAAACCAUGACAAGAAAGAACAUGAGAAGCCAGCGCUUCAAAAAUCUUCUGAUGUGAAAGUUGGUUCUGCAUUGAAAGAUGAAGUGGUGUGGACACCACAACUGAGUGAAUUUCCAAAGGUAAGUUCUUUGUUGUCCAACGAUGUAGCCAGUCGUUCGACAACCAAAGAUGAACAAGCAACACCCUUCAAACCAAACUUAACUUUGGAUGACUCUGUUCUUAGUAAACCAGCGCCAUCAUUUCACAGUUCCAAACAAUUUCAUUCACCUCAACAACUGCAUCACGCCACAGCCGAAUCACCCAAGGCAUCACUUUUCAGUCACUCGACUUCGAUUGGUUCAACAUCACCUUCAAAAUUGAGUAAAUCAUCAUCAAUAUCCAACUUCAAGUCAUUUUUCAAAAAAUUGAAACCAAAGGAAAAAGACGCCAAUACAUCAACCAGCAAUCUUUCCUUAAUCAGUGGAGCAUCAUCAUCGCCCUCAAAAAAGAAACUGCAUCGUGGAUUGUUUGGAUUCAAUAAAUUCAAAAAGGAAGAACCAUCCCCACCAUCACAAGUGCAACAACCAGAGAAUACUGAUGCCAAUGUGAGUCGAUUGUCUGUUCUUAGUGAAGCUUCAUUCAAAUUAGGUGCAUUACCCGACUUUGAACCUGAAUCAAACGGACUUUUUGACGAUGUAAUGCUUACGUUUGAUGAGAAAUUUGAACGUGAUUUGACUCCGACAAAACCACCUGAUUUUGUUAAAUUGUCAUCAACAACUUCAUGCAGCAAAAAUGGCGAUGAUGUGUUCAGUGAACCUUUUUUGAAAGAUGAUGAAUUGACGAAAGAACAAAUUGCUGAUCAAAAGUUGCGUGAUGAAACGGAGAAUACUGGUGAUGACGGAAGCGGUGGAAGCAAUGAUGAAGGUGAGGGCGAUCAAAUUGAUACUGGCAUUGAUGCUGAUGCAGCUGCAAUUGCAGGUGCAAGUGAUGCUGACACUGGAACUUGGACAGGCACAUAUAUUGAUGAAAAUAUUGAGUUUUUGAAAAAUGAAGGAUUUUGGUCUCAUUUGGAUGAAGCCGCAUUAGCAAGACAAAUUGAACUUGAAAAGAGAAGUAGCGGAAUUGCGCCUAGGCGUGCAAGCGAAGCAUUUGCUUCCUCUACACCAAUUAAGGAAAUCUCCGAUGAAGACAACAGUCGAGAAUUGGACUCUCCAAAUGUGCCAUUAGCUUCACCGGCUGUACCGACUUCGUCAACGAAUGGAACUGCUAUAGUAGUAGUGGGAAAUGAUGAAUUGAACAAUAUUCUUGCUAAUUUAACUGAAGAAGGUAAACGUAAUUUACCAAUACAUUUGAAAUACAUUAAACAGUUUCGUGAUUAUUCAACCAUUGAAGUUGAAAUGCACAGGUUUGAAACAUUGCCAAAUAAUAAGCCGAAAAAGCAAUCAUUGAAUAAUCCAUCAAUUUUGAAACGUAGACGUUUUCAAUUCAAUUCGUCAUAUGAACAACACCAACAACAACAGUACCAGCCACAACAUGGACAACAUGGACAUCAGCAACAGUAUCAAUUGCAGAUGCCAAUGGGGUUCCCGCCUCAGCAACAACACCCCUCGUCACAACUACAACUGAAUAAACGAGUUAAUUUCAACAACAAAAUUAAAAUUAAUGAGACAUUUUCAAGUGAUGUUUACAAAAGAUAUAAUAAAUCAGUGACACAAUAUAGUUUAUCUGAUCCAAAAGAGAUUAGUAACAUCAAAAAUGAAGUCAAUUAUUAUAAAUGUAAUGAAAUGUUGGUUCAUGAAAGUUCACAAAAUAAUACUCAUUUUUAUUAUUAA